UGGAGUAUAGGCAGCAGAAGGGAAGGGAACAGAACAGGUAAGAACCUCUGAACCCUGAAUCAGUCUAUUGUUAUCUAGUUUUGAAUAUGCAUUUGAAAGAGGGAUGUUCACUGCUACUGAAAGUUAGAAAACCUCAAAAAAUAUCAUUUCUCCUCAAUACACAAACACAAGCAAUCCCUAAAACAAUCCUGAAUACAGAAAAGAUUAGUAAUCCACCCCAGAAUGAGUAUCAUGUUGUAAAACGUUUGAAUCAUGAGAAAGAUAUGAUGGUAGCAUUAGCAUACUUCAAGUCUGUUGCCAAUGGUGGGGAUGCUGAAGUCCCCUUUUUUAAACACACUCAUUUAACAUACAAAACCAUGAUUGAUAAAUUAGGUCAAGAAAAGGAAUUUUUGGAUGGUGUUCAGUACUUAUUACAGCAAAUGAAGUUAGAAGGGAUUAGUUGUUCUGAAGAUAUAUUUAUUAGUGUUAUUGAUUCUUAUAAGCGAGCUGGUUUAGCUGAGCAAGCUUUAAAGACAUUUUAUAGGAUACGAGAUUUCGAUUGUAAACCGACUGUUAAGAUUUAUAAUCAUGUUUUGGAUGCGUUGCUUAACGAGAAUAAGUUUCAAAUGAUUAUACCGAUUUAUAAUAACAUGAAGAAAGAUGGCGUGGAGCUUAAUGUUUUCACGUAUAACAUUCUUCUCAAGGCAUUGUGCAAGAAUAACCGAGUUGAUGGUGCACAUGGGUUGCUUGUGGAAAUGUCCAAGAAAGGUUGUUCUCCUGAUGAUGUGAGCUAUACUACUAUUGUAUCUUCUUUAUGCAAGCUUGGAAGGUUAAAGGAAGCGAGGGAACUCAUAGCCAGGGUUAAUCCAAUUGUGCCCGCUUAUAAUGCUUUGAUUAAUGGGUUUUGCAGGCAUUUGGAUAUCAAGGAGGCAUUCAUUUUGUUAGAUGAAAUGAUGAGUAGGGAAAUUGUCCCUAACGUGAUCACAUACACUACUAUUAUAGAUGCUCUCUCUAAUACGAUGGAUGUUGAUCAGGCUCUUGUUGUUUUGGCUCAAAUGUUUGUGAGAGGAUGUCAACCUAAUAUUCGUACUUUUACUUCUUUGAUGAAUGGGUUUUUCAGGAAAGGAGCAGUGCAUGAAGCUCUUGAUGUGUGGGAUCGAAUGGCUGGAGAAGGUUGUGAUCCAAAUGUUGUGACCUAUAAUACAGUUCUUCAUGGUUUAUGCAUCAAUGAAAAUCUUGAUAUGGCCCUAUCUUUUUUUGAUCAAAUGGAGGUUAGUGGCAUCUCUCCAAAUGUUAGAACCUAUACUACUCUUAUUGAUGGGUUAGGGAAGUCAGGGGACUUGGAUGGUGCAGCCAAGAUGUGGAAUAGAAUGGUAACAUGUGGUUGUCGCCCUAAUAUUGUGGCGUUUACCUGCAUGGUGGAUGCCCUUUGUAGGAGGCGUAUGUUCAACCAAGCCUACUUCCUUAUUGAGAAUAUGAAAUUGGAGGAUUGCCCUCCUAAUACAGUAACAUUUAACACACUCAUAAAAGGAUUAUGUAGCAGCAAAAGAGUAGACUGGGCCAUGGAAGUGUUUGAUGAAAUGGAAAAACAUGGCUCUGACUGUUCACCUAAUGCCACAACAUUCAAUGAGCUGCUGGAUGGUCUUAACAAGGAAGGCAAUUUUGAAGAAGCUUUCCGGCUUGUUAAGGACAUGAUGACAAGGGGAAUCGAUUUCAAUUUAGUAACUUAUAAUACCAUGAUUUAUGGUCUAUCCACCGCUGGUAUGGUUGAUGAGGCCGCACAAUAUUUUGGGAGAAUGGUUGUUACGGGGAUUCAUCCCGACACAAUAACCUUUAACACUUUUAUUCACGCCUACUCCAAGCAAGGUAAUGUUAGUGAUGCUCUUAAAUUGAUGGAAGGAAUGACUGAACAAGGGUGCAACCGCGACAUAGUUACAUAUACAAGUCUUAUAUAUGGUCUCUGUGAAAUUUGUAGUUCGGAAGAAGCUAUGAUAUAUCUUGAUAAGUUGUUGAAAGAAGGGCUUUCCCCUAAUAGUGCUACGUGGAAUGUGUUAAUGCGCAGUGUUUUCAAAACAAUGGACUUUUCCGGAUCGAUUCCCUUGGUGGAGAAUAUCCUAGGUGAUGAAUAAUGCUCAGGGUACCGGGUUUUGUGAGAACAUGAGAAUGAUUUUGGUACAGACAUUGUCCUGUGCAUCUGAAUUUUUCCAAAUCAAGUUGGAGCUCAUAUGUGUCAGCAAGUACAACACCUGCUUCCCAUGCUCCAAGUCUGUUCUUGGCAAGUUGCUCCGCUGCUUCUACACCAUCUAUUCUGCUUCUGAGGUCAUUAUUUCAUCAGCGACAAUCUCUUAUACUUCAGAAGGAAAUGACUGCAUCAGGAAAGAAUGGCCGCAGGUGCAACCACGAGUUAUUUACAUACACAAGUCUUAUAUAUGGUCUCUGUGAAGUGCUUAAUUUGGAAGAACCAUUGUUUUAUCUUGAUGAGUUGUUGAAAGAAAGGCUUUCCCCUACUGUUGCUACAUGGAAUGUGUUAGCAUCCAGUGUAUUCUGCGCACUGGGCUUUUCUGGAUUGAUUCACUUGGUAGAAAAUAUUCUGGGUGAAGCAUAGUGCUCAACAUACUAUCAGGAAUUUGUGAGAAGAUGAGAUUGAUGUUUGCACAGACGUUGUUCCUUGCAUCUGAUUUGUUUUCAAAGCAAGCGCUGAAAUUGGAGUUCAGAUGUUCAGUAAACAUAGCACAUGCCUCCCCUGCUCGGCUUCUUUUCUCUCCAAACGACUCCGCUGCUUGUACACCAUCUAUUUAUGCUUCUAAGUACAUUAUUUCAUUAGCGCCAAGCUCCUAAACUUCAGAAGCAAAGAAAACGACUGCAUCUGGCACAACUUGUUCCUUUUCAUAGUUUUUCUUUGUCAAUUAAGAGUGCAGCUUUAACAUCAUCAUCAUCACAGCUACAAUCAACAACUCCAGGAGAUGCUGUGCUUGAACAUCAAAGAUGGUAAAUUUGUGCGUUACAGCUGGAUUGAUCGAUCUUUCUUCGUAACCUGCUCUGUAGGCCCAUCAUCUUUUGCACCUGAGAUCAGCGUCUAUGAUGGUGUGCAACUAGGAUUUGUUCAAAUAAGGGAAACCGCUCGCAAGGUUCAUGGGGGGAUCACGAUUCUCCAUAUGUCACCACCUAUACUGACGCCUAAAAUGUCAAGCUGGGCUUGCAGAUGUAUGUUUUCCUCGACAUAUUACCUUCCGUGGCAGCUUUUGUCAAGAUGUUGUAAAGAAAAGAGGUCGAUCAGCGUCUCAGAUUGCAUUUUACUGCCCCUCAGUUCCUCAGACAUCUGCAGAGAAAAGAGUACAGAAACAAUAUGGCCACCCGGUACGAUUUUUAUUUUGAAACAAUUUAUAUAGGAACAAUUCAACCACAUCAAUCCACAUUUUUUAUUUGGAACAUAAAUCAAUAUUUUUGUACAUAACUAGCUGGGUUGGUAGUAUGGUUCGAUAAUUUUUAAAGCAGCCUCAGAAAGAUUCACCCACACAGUAAUCCCAUCAAACACUUGCCAUGGCACUUUUUCUGGUCCAAGCUCAUCUAUGACAUGUUUUGAACGGCAUAAGGCACCAUAUUGUGCGUACAUGGACAUGCCUAAGUAUCCAUCGAAGUAAUCUUGACGAUAAAGACUAUCUUUCACAGACUGGAAAUCUUGUACAGCAGACAUCAGGGCUUUGCAUUCCAGCAGGCUGUUCUUUACACGUUCAUCUGUAGCUUGAGAAGCCAAUAUAGUAAAAUUCUGUACCAAGCAGGCGCCAUGAAAAUUUGCACAGUCCAUUAGAAUGAUAGCUAUCCCGAUUGCAUCCACAUCAGCACUCCAUUUACCGCCUUUGACACACUGAAUGCACGUUCCUUCGUCUUUGGCUUUGCUGCAUAAUUCUCUGAAUAAUUUCUCAUCUGCAUUGACGAACUUCUUUGAUAGAGUUUGAUGAGAUGUUAGAAACAUAAUGAAAACAAGAACAGCCAUAGAGGA